UGCAUAUUGUUUGGAGCAGAACAGCAACCUGAUGAGCAUCCAGGACAUCAGUGAGAGGCUGUGGGUGAGGACACAGAUCGGCACAGAGAUCUACUGGAUUGGCCUGAAUGACCAAGUUACAGAAGGCGUCUGGGAGUGGAGUGAUGGAAGUCCGUAUAUACCCUACAUAGAGUACUGGAUGCCAGGUCAGCCUGAUAACUGGGGUGAUGAACCCGGGGAGGACUGCGGUCAGGUGGUAGGAUCCAGCUUUGGACGCUGGAAUGACGAGCCCUGCGGUAUUAAAAGGAAAUACAUCUGCAAGCACUUGAACCCGGAUCCUGCCCCACAGUGUGACUUGGCGAACGGCUGGAACCCGCACGGCUCCAACUGCUACAAGCUGAAGACAUGA